UAUAUACACAACACACGCGCAAACCCUUCUUUCCUUAGUAGUAAUAUAUAGAAGCCAAAGAGCUUCUCAAUCACCAUCAAUGGAGAAAAAUCGUAUCUGCAAGAUCUGUAACAGACGUUUUGCUAAUGGAAAAGCCAUGGGAGGCCACAUGAGAUCCCAUUUAGCUAAACUUCCUUUACCUCCUAAACCAAUCGUUCAGCAAGUUCAGAGUCCAUCUCCAAUCAAAUUACCGUCACCGUCUCCGUCAUCUUCUUCUUCCCUAAACUACCCGUAUAAUCGUAUGCAAUCUUACCGAUCUGUUAAUCAUGAGCUUCCUUUUAGGUCAUCAAAACCUAAUCUUUCCGUUACUGCUACUGUUAAUGAUGUUAAUGACGAUGGAAGUGAUACAGAUUCGAUGAGGAACAAUAAUCCAACCGGAAGAAGAUCGAAACGACGUCGCAAAUCUAUAGAAAAAGUGGUUGAAUCGUCGCCUGAACAUGUAAGUUGGAUCACUCAUGAUUUUCUUAAUGAAGAAGAUGUUGCUUUGUGUCUUCUUAUGCUUUCAGAAGAUAGACGUGCUUGGGAGUAUAUGAAAAAAAAGUUUAAGCAUGACUCUGAACCCGAACCCGAGAAUGAAGGUGAAGGUGGUGAUGAGGAUGAAGAUGAUGAGUCAUUCGAUGUUAUUCCUAUUCGAUCCAAAGCGAAAACUAAAUACAAGUGCCAAACAUGCAAAAAAGUGUUCCGAUCUUAUCAAGCAUUAGGCGGACACAAGGCGAGUCAUAAGAAGAUCAAAACUACUCAGGAAUACGAAGAAUGUAGUUGGGGCGGCGGGGGAGCUGGGGGUGGCGCCAGUGCUCGAAAUUGCGAUCCGGUAUUGGAGCAUAGGGUGUUCAAGUGUCCAUUUUGUGAGAAGGUGUUUGAUUCUGGGCAGGCACUUGGUGGUCACAAAAAGGUGCACUUUUCUUACUUAGGGGAUCCUAAAGUGUUAGCUAAAUCCAGUGAUACUUUAUUAGAUCUCAAUUUACCAGCUCCUCAAGAUGAAGAUGAUGGUGAACUUGAUCAAGCUCAGUCUUAUUAUCUUAGAAAUUGAAACGAAAUUGCAGCUUUUAAUCUAGUUCAAUGUAAGUCAUCAUGAACACACAUUUAAAUGCUCUUAUUUUGAUUGUGCAUAUUUUAUAAU